AUGGCUAUUCCUUUUGAGGCAUUGCUCCCUUACGGUAUCAUUUUUGGUCUCCUCACCGCUGGAGGUGGAGCCAUGCAGGUUCUCCACGUCUACCGAAACGGAGGCGUCCGAGACCGAUUCGCCAUUGACCAGUGGGACUCCCAGAUGAUGGAGCGAGAUCUGCGACUCAACGGCGGCCAGGGCCGAAAGCAGGUCGACCAGGCCACUGCCCCCGAGGCCUUCAAGCACAACCACGUGUGGAAGUCCGAACGACCCCUUAUUUAA